AAGUAUUCAUAGAUUUCAUACUCAAACACAGAUCCCCUGAACUCACAUCUGUGGAUGUGACAUUUAUCAAGCAGAAACAAAAGAUUUAUUAUAAAAGACUUUCCUUCCCUCUGUCUUAUCUCCACGACACCAAAGAAAACAUCCGUAAGACAAAGAGAGAAAUAAAAUAGAGAUAAAAUGAGAUUGGAUAAACUCAAGAACAAUGGGAAAAGUUUUGUUUCCGCAAGAGAGUUUCUGACAUAUGACGUCACCAACAGUCGGGUUCGUUUCCAACCAGGUGACGACGUCAUUUGAAAGAAGCUGAAUCUUCCCGUCACGUACAACUGAGUUCAACACGAACAGACUCAUCUCUGUGUGUCUCCUCCACGACUGUCAGAGGUUAAAGUGAUGAUGGAGGGAAAGAACAACAAUUCAUAUUAUAUCAUUUCAUAUGUUUAUUGUGUUAAUGUUAUGUACAAGGUGUUUUACAAGAUGAAAAUGAAGGAUUGGAGGCCGACAACAGAGAAACAAGUAGAAGCCACUUCACGAUCACAACGUCAGAGCAGAAAUAUGAGAAUGAUGAAGUUAGAGAUGAGAGAAGAGCAAAAGAAACGGAGAGAAGACGAGUCAGAGAGAGCAGAGCUCUGCUCGACCGUCCGCCACAAAACACUGUUCCACCGUCGUCAUCUGACCCACAUGUUAUUUUAUUUGUGGACAUGUCAGUCGACAUGUAACAUGUUACAUGUCCCAGAUCCAGAUCCUGAUCGCUGACGAAAUGCCACCAGCUGUUCCCCUGACUGAGACCUUUCCAUUCAUAAAAUGUUCAUGAAAAAUCUGCUCAUAACUCUCCGAGUAAUCCGCCUGUCAAUCAAAGACAAACCUGAACGGAUCACAUGACCUCCUGGGCGGAGCUAAUGAAACAUUGUGAAAUUGAUGAAAUGGUCAAAUCAGAGUCAGGAUGAAGAGUUUGUACGAUCACAAAGUUGACGGUGAAUUCAGACCCCAGUUCCUGAGAGAACGCUCAUUCAGAUGAUGAGUGUGAGAGGGAUUUAAAAGACCAGGAGGAGCUCGUCACAGAAGUCUCCUCAGGGAGAUUGUUCCAAAGAGCGGGGGCCCACAAAGAAAAGGCCUGGUCAACCGUGGUCCUCGGCCGGGACCGUGGAGCGGAGAGCAAGGUCUACGCUGGUCACGCCAGCGGAUGGUGCCCGAGUUUGGGUGUAUGUUCAGUGACCUGCCCCACCACCCACGGUUCACUGUCCGGCUGGACGCCACAGACCCGGUGCCGCCAUCUAUUGACCGCCGCUGGCGAGGCCACGCGCAGCAGCUGGCUGGGGUUCUUCCAGAAGGUGUGGAGAGCCGAGUGACUGGCGUCGAUCGCUGGAAAUACUUUCAAGGCCCUCUGACUUCCUGUGCACAGCAGCUUCCCAGAGAAGACUUUGUGACCGCUGCUGGACAGAAUGCGGGCCUACAGCCCACACACCUCAGUGUGGGGGUCCAGACGGACUACAGGGAGAGUGAAACACAGACGGACCCAUACAGCCCCGAGUACGUGCUUCGACCUGGGACGACUCCGCCUGAGCUCCUGCUGCUGGCACCUUUGACUUUGGGUCGAGGUCUACCCGGAGGCCUGGCAGAGGUGGAGAUGAUAGAGCGGGCGCGAGCCAAACGAUCUUGGGAGGCCAGUCUUCCUCCGCUCGAUGACCCGAGUCAGCGGCACAAGAGGUGGCGAAUGAUGGAGGAGAUGGAGGCCGAAGAGUGGGCGUACAGAGACGGACAGAUCCAGAAGUUACAAGACGCCCGUCUGGCUUUGCUGACGGAUCUGCUGAGGCAGAGAGACGAGGCCCAGGAACAAGUCACAGACGAGAGACUGGACCAUAUAUAUUCUAAGCAUCAGACGGACCGAGAGACCAAGCUACACAAGAUCCACAAAGACUACAUCAGGUCUGUGAGAAAACUGGAAGCUGAGAGAAGAAACAUGGAGGCGACGUUGAAGCAACGUGGUUUCGCCAAAGACUCUCCAACGUUUGCCCCUCGGAGCUGCAGGGGCGUGUUCGCCAGGAGCGUUCGCAGCAACGACUUAACAACCAAGUACUUAGAAACAUACGAAGGCUUGUCAGAACUAGAGGCAGGUCUCUCUGCCUCAGUCCGCAAGCCAAGAAUGAACAGACCCAAACCUAAAGACAACAUCAUCAAGGAGAGAAUCCAGCCCCCUGCGAGCAGAGUGCUACAACGGUUGGAGAAAUACGAGGCCCUGAGGAAGAAGAAGGAGAAAGAGGAGGCGUACUUGCGUUACCUUGCCAGGAAGCAGCGGCCUGUUCCUCGUUUCGUCACUCCCCGAGUGGAGGAGCCGCUGGAGGGGGACGAGGAGAUGGAGCUCGCAGUCAUCCACCUGCAGAGACUGCUGAGAGGAAGAAGCGUCCAGUGCGAGAUGUUUGAGGGCAAGGAAAACCACCUGGACUUAAUCCAGGAGCUGAGGACCGUCCACGCUCUGCAGAGGGAAGAGCAGGAGCUGCAAGGAGCAGACCGACGAGUCGUGAUCGCCCUGAAGAAACAGAGAGACGACCACCGACACGAGGCCUCUCAAGAGGAGGCCUCCCGGGCCGGAGUGGUGGGCGUCGAGCUGGAAAGCCUGUUCGACACCUUGUCCAAGGAGUUGAUCCGUCUGCAGGAGGAGCGCAGGAUCCACGCCUUCACACUACUGGCCGAGAGAGAGCGCCGCCUUCGAGAGGCCGAGGAGAGCGGGAGGAGGCAGGUGGAGGAGCGCAAACGCAGAGAAGAGGAAGAGAUCUACAGACAAGUGGUGCAGAUACACCAGGAGACGGUGGAGUUGUAUCUGGAGGACGUCAUCUUGGGGACGGUGGAGCAGACAGCUGACCAGCAGGCCAGAGAGGAGAUCCGCAAGAGGGCGAAGGAGAUUAACGACAUCGUUUACGCCAUGGACGAAAGCCGGGACGAUCUUCAGUCAGAGGAGAUUGUGUCAGAGUUGGUCUACAGUUUCCUCAUCCCAGAGGUGGAGAAGAUCCGCGUCAGGCGAAGAGUUCACUCCAGGCAGCAGAGACACUUGCAGGCAGCUCGGAGCCUCAUUCAUGAUUCUGCAGAGCGUUGUGGGAUUCCUCCCUCGUCUCCUGCUUCGCCUCCAGGAGAUGAUCCACCAAGCAGAGCGGCACCUCAGUCAGACUGAGUGAAGGAGGAUUCAAGAUAUAAAACAUGUCCUGAGAUGCUCUGUGUCAAUUUAUUGUUCAAGUAUAUGUUUCAUGAUCAUAAUCAUGGGGUUUUGAUUAUUAGUACUUUUGCACAUUUGAUGUUUAAUGUGGGGCUGCACGGUGGCGUAGUGGUUCGUGCUGACAGGACGCGUCAUGGCCUCAUGGUGAUGGAGACCUUGUAUAGAUGGGUUUUCAAUUUCGGUAGAAAAUUACAAUAUGAAAAUGAUAUCUCUAAACAUGACAUUGUUGACUAACCUUAGUUUAAUCUUCUUUGGUGCAGCGGAAUAUACCAGUUACAUGUUUUUUAAUAAUCAUUUUCACACGAACAACAUUAUCAACAAAAAAUAUACUUGAUGUCAUUUGUCAAAACGACAAAUUGGUGCAUUACAGCACCAAGCGUAGCAAGGUUCAACAUCGCUAUCAUUUUACUGUACAAUAAUAAUAUUAAAAACAAAAACCCCUCUCGAUUGCACUAGUUCAUCUAAGAUAAUGAAAUUUGAUUUGAUAACACUCAUGAAAAUCACCCAGCUACUUCCUGAUUGUGUGUGAGAAGACAAUGAAGUUUUGAGAACAGAAAAGUAGAUUUAAUUCUGAAUGCUUUGUUGCUCUUAGGGAAGUUCUUUAGACAUAAUAAAUGUAAGAAGACGAAACUCCAACUAUAGAUAAGAAAGACCUUAAAUUAUCAUCUCUACUUGAUUUGUUUAAGUCCAUAUAAACGUCCACAGCCCUACUUUUGUUCUGUAAUUCGUCUUUUGAUUUGCGUGAUGUGUUUAUGUCUGAUCGAUCGUGUCAUGCAGCUCAUUCUACUGAAAACGCCGUUUGUCUGUUUUGUAUAAUCACAAAUAAAGGUUGAAAAAAAUUCAUCGCCAA